GCCUCGUCAGAACGCGGGCCCGCCUCCCGGCUGUGUGUUCAGAGCGUUCCAUGCGCUCCGCUUCAAACACAUAUUCCACAGGGAAAGAGAGAGCAGGACCUGUGAGGAGCACAACGACGAGAACGACAAACGGCAACGACAAAUGGCACUCAUGGCUGGGAUUUUGUUUACGGCGACCUCUGUUCUACUUGGGAUUUCCACAUUUGUUUCUUCGGCACGGAUUUAUCCCCCAAACGAAGUGACGUUACUGGACUCCAGAUCCGUGCAGGGGGAGCUGGGAUGGGUUGCCAACCCAACAGAAGGAGGGUGGGAGGAGGUGAGCAUCAUGGACGAGAAGAACACCCCCAUCCGGACCUAUCAGGUGUGCAACGUCAUGGAGCCCAACCAGAACAACUGGCUGCGGACCGACUGGAUCCCCCGCGGCGGCGCCCAGCGCGUCUACAUCGAGAUCAAGUUCACCCUCCGGGACUGCAACAGCCUGCCGGGCGUCAUGGGAACCUGCAAGGAGACCUUCAACCUCUACUACUACGAGUCCAACAACGACAAGGAGCGCUACAUCCGGGAGAACCAGUUUGGCAAGAUCGACACGGUGGCGGCCGAUGAGAGCUUCACGCAGGUGGACAUCGGCGACCGCAUCAUGAAGCUCAACACGGAGGUCAGGGACGUGGGCGCGCUCUCCCGCAAGGGCUUCUACCUGGCCUUCCAGGACGUGGGGGCGUGCAUCGCCCUGGUGUCUGUCAGGGUCUUCUACAAGAAGUGCCCCCUGGCGGUGAGGAACCUGGCCCAGUUCCCGGACACCAUCACGGGGGCGGACACGUCCUCGCUGGUGGAGGUGCGCGGCUCCUGUGUGGAUAAUUCCGAGGAGCGGGACGUCCCCAAGAUGUACUGCGGAGCGGACGGGGAGUGGCUGGUGCCCAUUGGGAACUGCCUGUGUAACCCGGGUUACGAGGAGCGCAACACGGAAUGCCAGGGUAAGAGAGACGGGGUUACUUUCGUUUGUCGUUUGACGAGUGUGGAAGGUGGCGGUGGUGGGGGGUCUCUCUCUCUCUCUCUCUCUCUCUCUCUCUCUCUCUCCAGCUCAAUUUCCCUCUUUCUCUCCGCAUCCAGUUAGCCUCGUUUUUUUCUUCCGCUCUUUGUCUAUCCCCCCCGUCCCUGGCUCUCUCCCCUCCCGCCCCUCCAACCUUUCAUUCUGUGGCUUGUUUUCUCCUCCCUCCCCUUCCCAUGUUUCCCCCUGUCCUGGUAUUAGGCAGGGUGAUGGAGGCGAUGAUGAUUGUAAAUGGAGUAAUUAGCUGGUCCUUUGGGGAGGUGUUGUGGCUCAAGCUGUGUCCCAUGACUACUGUGAGCUCUAGGGGCGCGGGGGGUGGGUGGGGGACGGCUCUGUGUAUAGCACUCUGUAAACCCCCUGCCGGCCCAUUCCCACUGGGCCUAAUGGCGAAAGGUAGACUCCUCUUAGGGAGAGAGAGUUUGGGAAGGAGAGAGAGACAGAGAGAGAAAGUGUGUGUGUGAGAGAGAGAGAGUGGUCGGUUGGUUUUAUCAUUCCAGGCAGGUAGCAGAGUGAAAUACACACACCUGUGAAAUAGAGCUGAAAUUGAGAUGUUCUGGCAGCAGGACAGACAGCUUAGCGAGUGUUUCCAUCCAGUUCCCUCCUCCCAGUGAUCCAGUCUAAUCCUGUGUUAUAGACUCUGGAGGUCGGAACGUCAGGAUAGUCAGAUCAGCCAUUUCGCCGGCAAGCGUUUUUGAACAAGCAUCGAUUCAUCAGCCGUGUCCAACACGGGAAGGUCAACGGCUGUGUGCGGGCAGCAUGUUGCGGGCAGCGUAUUUGAUCCUGCCCUGCAGUGGUGCACUAUGGGAGGUUGAGUUCUGUCUUUGCUGCCUGCUGUGGCGGACUGUCAGCUGGCAAGGUUUUACAGCCCCCUGGUACGUGUCGCCCCCCCCCCCCCCCCCCCCCCCCCCGU